AUGCCCGAAGUGUAUGAAAGUGUCGGAGAAUUAGACGAACCGUUGAAGAUAUACGAGAGGGCGACCAUACGAGAGGUGAGACCAUUAAGUGAGAGACCAAUUGAGUUGAGAGCACAGGCUGUCAUAUGUGGAGAAGACGUGUUAGAAGACACGGCACCGAAAGACAGAUUAGUGGAAACGAAAUAUAUUAAUGUAAUGACACCUCAAGACUAUGAAUAUAUGGACGAACACCAAAAGGGAGAAACAGAGGAUUUGAAGAAAAAACGAAUUAAAAGAAUACAAAAAAGAGAUGAAAAUGAAAUAAAUGAAGAAAUAGAAAUACAUGAGAUGUCGGAUGAAAGUAAUGAAGAAAUAAUAGAUAAAAAUAAGAUUAAAGUGACUGAAAAGAAACCUCAAGAGGUGUCAAGUGAUAAAGACGUUGUCAAACCGACAGAAUCUACUGAACAAACAGAAACUACGGCUGAAUUACUUCCCGAAAGUGUUUCAACAGAUAUCACAAUCAAAAAGAAGAAAAUUAAGACCAAAAAGCGCGACUCAACCACAGAAGAGAUCACUCCUGAAGGUAUGGAACAGAUCGCUGUCGAAGAGACCAUAGAAGUCACUGAAAAGAAACCUCAAGAGGUCUCAAGUGAUAAACUGGUUAUCGAACCGACAGAAUCUACUGAACAAACAGAAACUACGGCUGAAUUACUUCCCGAAAGUGUUUCAACAGAUAUCACAAUUAAAAAGAAGAAAAUUAAGACCAAAAAGCGCGACUCAACCACAGAAGAGAUCACUCCUGAAGGUGUGGAACAGAUCGCUGUCGAAGAGACCGUAGAAGUCACUGAAAAGAAACCUCAAGAGUUCCCAAGUGAUAAAGACGUUGUCAAACCGACAGAAUCUGAUGAACAGAUUGAAACCACAGCUGAAUUACUUCCCGAAAGUGUUUCAACAGAUAUUACAAUCAAAAAGAAGAAAAUUAAGACCAAAAAGCGCGACUCAACUACAGAAGAGAUCACUCCUGAAGAUAUCACAAUCAAAAAGAAGAAAAUUAAGACCAAAAAGCGCGACUCAACCACAGAAGAGAUCACUCCUGAAGGUAUGGAACAGAUCGCUGUCGAAGAGACCGUAGAAGUCACUGAAAAGAAACCUCAAGAGGUGUCAAGUGAUAAACUGGUUAUAAAACCGACAGAAUCUGAUGAACAGAUUGAAACCACAGCUGAAUUACUUCCCGAAAGUGUUUCAACAGAUAUCACAAUCAAAAAGAAGAAAAUUAAGACCAAAAAGCGCGACUCAACUACAGAAGAGAUCACUCCUGAAGGUAUGGAACAGAUCGCUGUCGAAGAGACCAUAGAAGUCACUGAAAAGAAACCUCAAGAGGUCUCAAGUGAUAAACUGGUUAUCGAACCGACAGAAUCUACUGAA